AAAAUGCUUCCUGGGAGGCUGAACGGCUGGAGAUGCCCUAACAACCCGUAUACCCGAUCCGAAAGGCCUGCGACGAUGGCCGCUUCCAUUCGGGCUGCGGCGACGAGGAUCCUGCGUCCGGCUGGGCAGCAGGGGCUUCGCCGGCUCGUCCACACCCAGGAGCAUUCCGGAUCCACCCGUGCCUUGGAGGAAGGGUACCCUACAGCGCAAAUCCAGCAGAAGAAGGAGGAGCUGUAUGAUCUCAUCGCCGACGCCUAUGCCAAUUCCGUUACUUCCCAGGGUGACAGAUAUGUGCUCAAGGUUCUCUCCACACAAAUCAAGCCGAGACCACGGGACCCUCAGUGGUGUGAGAUAACUACAAUCAAGAAGGCGGGCGAGUGGGCUCUGGGAGGGUUUUUUUUUGUUGGUGGUAUCAUAAUUCUUUGUGGCCUUGCUCAGGGUGUGCGUAAGCGGGUGGAGCUCGAGAUGCCCAAGCCUGUGGAGCCGCGCAGAAUCAAAAAGAAACUGCAGAAGCAAGUCGAGUGAAGACGAAAUUCAUCUUGUUUGAUGGAGAAGCAAGGCGGAUGUCAGCUCUUCUCCAAUACUCUCUUAUUUAGGCCUCUUAAACUAUGGCAAAUCGUUUGGAUUUAUCAUUUCCGUGAACUAUAUAUAUGCCUAUGAUGUGCCACCUAUGAGAUGAUCUGUGAUCGCAUUGUAAGAUAUUUUGUGACGUUGCUGACAUUGGUAUGUUAUCCUUUCUGUUUGAGUAAAUUUGUGAACAUCAGUC